AUGUCUCUGCAGGAUACCGUGGAAACACAGGGCUCCGAUUGGAGCCAAGGUGCUGCCGAUGGGGCUGCCGAAGCCAUGAUCCUCGCACAUGCUGCAACAAAGGAUUUGAGUGCUUUUGCUGCCACCCAAGUGGACCCUACGACACCGCCUCGAUCGAACCCCAAGAGCCCUUCGGAAGCGAGUGAAGCCCUGAACGACCCAUCCACGAAGUCGCAAGAGGAAGCCCUGAACGGCCCAUCCACGAAGUCGCAGGAAGCCCAAUCCUCUAGUGCAUCCGCGACACCAGCUGGCCCCCAGCUGACUGAAGAGGCGAUGCUAUCGGCCAGAAAGGCUUACGCCACCCACUUUGGGCUGCUGCUGGAGAAUGUCACGCCUGAGAUGGUGAAUGCGGAUUCCAAUGGUGCUGUGCAUUGGGCUACGAAGGACCUCAAUCUUUCUGCAAGAGGGCCAACUGCUCAGGCCAUGGGCCGUGCUAUCAAGCACCAUCCUGACAUUAAGGAGAUGUACCAGACCUUGCUGGACUCGGAGAAGGUCAGAUUCAGACAGGCCUGGGCAGCCAGUCGCGACUGGCAGUUCAUCCACUCUGAACGAAGCACAGUGUCUUCGUAUCGCAAACGCAAGGAGGAACUGGGCACCUUUAAAACCCAGCUUCAACUGGAGAUGAUAUUGGGUGGAAGCGACAAAGAGGAGGCCAGGAUGCAGGCCAAGAGCUAUAUCAGCAUGUGCCUCCGAUCGGACCUGAAGGAGUACUGCUACAGCUGGAACUCCUGGCUCAAGGCCGACACCUACCUCUGGGUGGAGUCUUUGGUUGCUACCUCAAGCCAGACUGAAUGGAUCAACCGGGUCACCAUCCAGGCGACCGACAAUGUGGCUUCGUCCUGGAGCGAGACACUGGACUACUGCAAGGCGGUUCGGGCCUUCUCGUGCGAGAAGGAUGUAGCGAUUAAGGACAUUACGAAGGACAUGCUGGAGCAACACGAGCUGGGGCUCAAAGGGCUUGCCAAGCUCUACGAGACCCUGCCGAAUGCCAAGCCCCAGCCGGGCCGUGGAGACGGCACUUGCAAUGCCAAGCUGCCGCAUCCAGCUGCUGCCCCCGCUCCAUCCGCAGCAAAGGCGAAGGCCAAAGGCAAGGCUAAGUCUGCUGCAGGUGAAGGUGGUGAUGAUCCUAUGGGCUCGGCGCCAAAUGGCGGUCUGCCGCCAGAUGAUGUUGACGAGGAGAAGAACCCCGCUAAGAAAGCUAAGAAAUCUGCUCAGGCGAGUGGGACAGCCAAGAAGGAGCGGGAACUCAAGGAGUAUUUGGCUAUGGAGGCCCAGUCCGAUAACUCUAUGACUGCAGUGACUGCCGACAUGUCCAAAGACCCGGCUGCUUGGAGCUGGGCAAAGGAUUUUGUGCAUACGUACAAACUCCUGAGGACAGAGAUUGUGCAGUUGUAUGCAGACAACGAGUUUUUCAAAGAGGCCAAGGUGGCGGCUUUGUCAACAAAAGAAACCAGCCGCCUCCGCAAAACCUAUGGCAUCGACUACCACUCGAAGCUUUGUGAAUGGUGCUGUCAACUCGGCCCUAAGAUCCAGGGCAUGUAUGAGUGCACGACGAAGAUUCGACAGAUGGCAGAUGCUCACGCCAAUGCUAUGAUCCCGCCUUCGGUGAAAGCUCAGAAGAAGCCAAACGCUCGGCAUCCCAGGCAUCGCUGUAGAUCCUCAGCUUGGGUGUUGCCGUGA